GCUAGCAUGUUCAUGCAUAUAUUUACGGAGGAUGAGUGUUGGCGCAGAACGGGUGCCAAUUGAGAUUGAAUAACUACCACUCUUAUGGUAGUCCGAGUGAAGUGAGUUGGGAAAGGGAGAUGCCUUUGGGGGUUGGAACAUGGUGAAUGAAAGGCGCAAACAAGAUGAACGCGAACACUACGCGAGAUUAGAACCCGGCGCCGACACCCUCCCCUCCACCAGCCUCCCACUCACGUCGGCCCCGACCCUCGCCCCCUCCUCCUCCCAAAACAGCUCCGAAGAAUGGCUCCUCCUCCGCAUCGGCUCCCUCCCGCGCAACUCCCUGGGCUGGUUCCGAUGCGGCGUCGGGUUCUACAACAAGAAGGAUUUCACAAAAGCGAUUGAAUGUUUUGAGAAGAGCGUCGCUUUGGAUCCGCUUAAUUACAACGCCUUCCAGAUAAUGGCCCGCGCAUGUAUAGCCGUAAAUCGCAAAGACGACGCAGUAGCAGCCCUUAAGCAGUCCGUGAUGCUGGACAACCCUUCCGACUGGCAAUUGUUGAUUGAACUUACGUCGAAUAAGGAGUGAUGGGUUGCUGUGUUCCCCGUGUGCGUAAAAACCAACCUUCCGGUAUUCGUUCUGCGCAUCACAACGACCCCCCCAUCUUGUACAUAUUACAUAUCCCAAUAAAAAAAAAAGCGAAGAUAGAAACCCUUUGGAAUGCGUAUG